AUGCAGAAACUUUCUUUGGAAAGAAAGAGAAAAUUCAAGCAAGCUUCAUCUGUCCUUCUGGGAAUUGGUUUGCAAAUCGAAAAGAUUGUGGGCACUAGCAUUGAAGCAGGACAGUCUUGGGUAAAAUGGAUCAAUAGCAUUUACUUAAAGAAUCAAAGUGUUUGGGUUCAUGAGCUUAAGCUAGAUGUUAGUUGGUAUUGGAGAAAGCUCAUGAACCCAAGGGGUUGCUUCUCUAUGAGGGACAUCUAUGAGGCAGGUUGCACAUGUAAAUUCAAAAUCAAUUCGUUAUAUGAUUAUUUUUUAUCUGACUCGACAAGAGUUACAUUUGAUCGAGUUGUUUGGUCUCGUAUGACUAUACCGAAACAUAAAUUCACAUUGUGGAAAGCUUUACGCUCACAUCUUCUCACUAGAGACCACCUUGCUAGUAAGAAUAUUUCUAUUGAUUCAAACUUCUGCCCUGUUUGUGACACUUCCGAGGAAGACCGUGGGCACUUGUUCUUUAAUUGUGCUUUCUCUACAAGGGUGAUUAGCUGA